AUGAUCCACAACGCAAAGGAAGGCAUCUUACGGGAGCUACAGAAAGGCGAGUAUGACAAGAGUGAAGGGACAGUUGAAUCUAGUGGUGUUCCAAAUCAAAGCCCAGAAUGUGUUUCUGAACAAAUUGGUCAGAUGAUAGACAAAAUAAAGCAGGAGUUCAAAGAGCAGCUCAAGAUCAAAGGGUUAGUGGAUGAGAUUAAACAUAACUUGAAUUAUCUUCCAGAGUUCAAUAGUUAUGAAUGUCCCCUGUUUAUCGUCAAAGUUGAUGAGCCCAUGGAUGUUGCCACAUGGGAGGAUACCAGAAAUGCUUUGAGCUUGAACUGCAGCGCCGAUUUAAUGAUGGUCACCACCACAAGGGACAUCCAGCUGGCGAAAGAAUAUUGCUAUCCACAGCGAGAACCUAUAUACUAUUCUCUUGCUGGCCUCUACCAUGAUAGAGUGCUCCAUCUGACUAGCCAGCAGAAGAAUCAAGACAGCUACAACCCCCAAAUUUUUCAUGAUAUCUUGUACGAGUGUGAUCCAUAUGAAUUCUGCAUGAAGAUCUUCACUCAUGCUCUGUAUGCUAACCCCAUAAGGAGCAAUGAGGAGUUACUCAAGCUGCGCAGCACCCUGCAGGCUUUGCCACAAUCACUCACCAGCAUCACUGAGGCAAUGUUCAAGUUCUCUUACAACGAUCUGCCUGAAAAAUACAAGUCCUGCUUGUUGUACCUAGCUAUCUUCUCUCCGGGACACAAGAUUAGGCGGUCAACCUUGAUUGGACGGUGGAUUGUCGAAGGGCUGACAUCCCAUGAAGAUUGGGCCCGUUCUGUGCAUCAGGCCAACACAUGUUUUGACUCACUCAUUGAUCGGUGUCUCGUUUAUCCUGCUGAUAUUGGUGCCAAGGGAGAUGUAAAGACCUGCAUUGUAGAUGAUAUAAUUCAUGGAUUCAUUACCACCAUUGCCAGAGAACAACACAUCGUGGAGACACGCCUGUCACACCACUUGGCUCACCACUUCUCCCUUUUCAACGACCUCCAACUCCGUGGCUAUCAUAGAAUUGAUAAUUUUUUCCAGGGGCUCUCUAAAGUAUCCCUGCUCAAGGUGCUAGAUCUAGAAGGAUGUCAGUGCUUUGUUGGGAACCGGCAGUACCUCCGGGACAUUUGCAGCAAGAUGAUAUUACUCAAGUAUCUGAGCCUAAGACGAACAGAUAUUACCCAGCUACCUAUAGAAAUCAAUAACCUCCACGAGCUAGAGGUAUUGGAUAUCCGACAAACCAAGGUGCCUCGACAUGCAACGGCAAAUAUCCUGCUGUUGAAGCUGAAGCGUCUGCUUGCUGGUCACAUUGAUCUGAAUGCGAGCAAUUUCGGCUCUAGUGGUCGGAUUCCUCGUAGGAUCGACAAAAUGGUAAACAUGGAGAUCCUAUCUAAUGUCCAGGCCAAGCAUAGUCAUGAUUUAAAACAUAUUCGAAAGCUAUGUGAGCUGAGGAAGCUAGGUGUGGUUAUUGAUGAUAAGGAUAGGCACCUCAGGAAUUUGCUUCAUACAAUCAGUGGCCUACAUGAGUCCCUCUGUUCUCUGACAAUUACUGCUAGUGUUCUGGUAGCCACAUCAAGCGAAGAGUUACCAGAUGGCAUUGCCUCUCUCUUAAAAAACCAUCCCAAGAUGCUUGAGAGUUUAAGCAUCAGGGGAACCACACAGAAGGGACGUCUUCUUCCAUUGUUCACAAAAGGUGAUAACAACAAACUUGCCAAGGUAACUCUAAGUUGCACCCAGCUAAGCCAAGAUGAUCUGGAAGCCCUUGCCAAGCUGCCCAAGUUACGAUGUGUCAGGCUCCAACACAUUACAUGCACCAGGACCAUGCUCAACUUCAAGGAGGGCGAAUUCAGAUGCCUCAAGUGCCUUCUUGUUGAGGGCUCGGACUUGAAUAUCAUUUUUGAGGUUGGAACAGCCUGUGAGCUUGAGAAGAUGGUUUUGUCUUUCACCUGCAUAGUUUCUAUUUCUGGAGUUGACUGCCUUCCAAAACUGAAAGAACUUGAGUUGAACAACAGCUUCAGCGGCAGGUUGCUAUCAUCAUUUGAUAAUGCCACACAAAUAGCCAAGCUGACUCUUCGUGGUACAUUGCUAGAGCAAGAUGCUCUACAAAUACUCGCCAACAAAGCAAAUCUACGCUGUUUGGUGCUCUUGGACAAGUCUUUUGGUGGAAUGCAGAACGAGAUUACAUUAAAAAAAAGAUGA